GGAAUCUAGGCGGGGCCGUCCUUCGAACCUUGCCCGCCGCUUAAAAAGCGCAGCGCCUUUUCCGCCGCCUUCUCCCAGGCUCAAAGCCCGGCCCGAGGAUAUUGGCCUUAAAGGGGAACUUCGAGCCACACUUCCUGCUUUUUCUCCUCUUCCUCGCCUGAAAUCUGCCGGAGCAAAAUGUUCAGGUGCGGCCUGGCCUGCUGGAGGUGCAGAUGGAUCCUGCCCCUUCUCUUGGGGAUAGCCAUCAUCUUUGGCAUCAUAGCCUUAGCUGGCAAGGGGUGGCUGGAGUCGGCCGAAGCCCCCUACGUGCGUAAAGCCUGGUUGUGGUGGGACUGUGUGAAAGAUAAGCCUGGCGAUGCAGGGUGGAAGUGCAAUUCUCUCAUGGACUACAGUUGGGGCAGAGCUGCUGCUGCUACAUAUCUUGUCGGUUUUGUCAUCCUCUGCAUCUGUUUCUGCUUAGCAAUCAUAGCAUUUUCCAUCGAUAUAUUGCGGUUUAACUUUGUUCGAGGAAUUGGUGGCUUGCUCUUCGUUGUUGCUGCUUUCCAGAUCUUAGGCUUGGUCAUCUACCCAGUGAAAUACACUGAAGAUAUUCCAUUGACGGGAAGCAACAUGUUCAGCUGGGCUUAUGGUUUUGGUUGGGCAAGUACAGUGAUUGCGAUAGGUUGUGCCUUCUUUUUCUGCUGUCUUCCCAAUUGGGAAGAUGAAGUCCUGGGUAACAUAAAACCCUAUAGGCAUGAUGGCAUUUAACCAGUUUGAUGUGGACUUUAUAGAAGAUACUCUGAGGAAAUAAAGCAAUAUUGUUUCUGACAUAGGGUUAUUUGUUUGUUUGAAUAACAGUUUAUUUUUAGACAUUCACAUUUUCAGACUUAUUUUAUUAAAAAAAAGAGAAAGAUUGCAUUCUGAAUUUUGUUAACUAAUAAUAAUUCUUUUCAAGAAUUAAUUGUUUUUGGCCAAGGACAGGGGUUUUGGUGAGGUGAUUUAUUCCAAGACAAUAUUUUAUUGAAUAAAUAUAUAAGGGAUUUUUUUAAAUUGUCAAACAAUUUUAAGCUUUUGUUUCUAGCCUGUGGUUCAAAAUUCUUAUCCAAAUAUGUAUUAAUAAAAGAAUGUUUGAAAAUGUAGUCUUUUAUACACUUGGUAUGCAAUCUUCUAAGCACUACAUUCUGUUUAUAUUAUUUUAUCGGCAUUUCUGUUAUAGCAAUGCUUCAUAGCUUACUUGAUACUAAACGAUUUAACACUAUAGUAUUCUGUGUGUGCAGAUUUCCCUUGUUAAAGAAUUUAUGUGAUAGCAUCCCUGCCCCCCCCCAUUAUAUGCUUCUAGACAAGGUUAAGAAUACAAUAAGUCUGCUCCAUUCAAGUAAUUAGAGUAGUUAGCUAUUUUGUGUUUCUUCUAGUCCUCCACUCUGGUUAAACAAAUCUUUUGAGAGAGAAUGCAUAAAUGCCAUUGGUAGUAAUGCUCACAAUCUUCCAUCUGAAUUUACCGGCAUACUUUUUAACAUUAAUACAUUGAAUGUGUCUCAUGGAUUGAAAUUAGGAAAAAGGUAAAACAUUAAGAGUUAUACUUUUCAAUUUCCUUGCUCCUCAAUAGCUGAUAGUACAACUUUAUUCUUAGUAUAUAGAUGUAAAGCAAAAAAACACCCCCCCCCCAAACAAAUAACUAUUAGAUGGCAAACUUAUUAGGCAAAAAAACAAAGCUGGUUUAUUGGAUAGUUGCAGUUAGAAAGUGCUUCUUUGCUGCCAAUCUUUUCAUUCCAUUUUAUCACGACUGCACCCCUUAUACAUAUUUUGGAGUCAAAUGGCAUUGAAUCUAAGGAUGGAUAAAGAUAGCGGCAAUGUAUGGUUGAUUUUUUAAACUUUUGGAUAAGGUUCUGCAGGAUUAGUUACUUUGUAGUGGAAUAAUAAUGUAGACUUGACUUUCCAAAUGUAAGCAGCAUAGCUCACAGAUAGGCAGUGUGAUGUCAGUGGGUGCAGAGAACCUUAGGAAAACUCUAGUAGGGCUAAUCAGGUUUCUGCAGCAAUGGGCUUUAUUUUUUAAUUAAAAUAUAUGGAAUGUUUGCAUGCUGCAAAACUAAAUGCCAGUCUGUGACAUAUUUAUUUACAAGAAUACCUAUGGAUCUCAUGUAGAGUCCUCAGAGUAUUCCAAAAUAAAAGUAGUACUUCGGUGUAAGCCUAGCACGACAAAGGCAAUGAAAAAUUGCAGUGGUGCAAAGCAUUGAUGAAAUGGGUUAAGGGGAAUAAUCGUGUCACAUUGCCAUUUUAAAAUAAUUUCUGUUGAGUUGCUGCCUAGUUGUCAACACACAUAGUGGUAGCCAUUGUGUAAACAGAUAUGCCUUUGGCAGUCAGAAUGUCCAGGUUCACACAGUACAUACUUCAGAAUCCCAACAGGACAUAGAGUUCAGCCAUUCUUAAUUUUAAAUAUAGAGAAGAUUACAGAGAAUAUCAUUAAUCUCAGUAGGAAAAUUAAAUAAUCACUGAAAAUAUUGGAUAGAAUCUGUGACUGGAAUAUGUGAACACUUUAAUUUACAUUAAGAUAUUUUAAUAUCAUUAAAUCCAUUGUUAACCUGACAGCCCUCUGAAUG